UUCAUACCCCUAUCAAAUACUUUGGUUCUUAAAAAAAUAAUGAUGGCAAGGGCCGCGAUGACAGGCCUCCUUUUACUAAUCUACUGCAUCAAUAUAUCUGCUUCAAGGACAAACUUUACUGACGAAUCAGCUCUAUUAGUCUUCAUAGCACAAAUAACCAAUGACCCCGAUGAAACUCUGAUAAGAAACUGGACACAAGGGACUGAAGUUUGCAGUUGGAUUGGUGUUUCUUGUAGCACACGGCAUCAUAGAGUUGUCUCACUAAACCUCAAGAGUCUAAGAUUAAGAGGGUCCAUUCCGAAAGAAAUAGGGAACCUUUCCUUCCUUAGUUUCUUGGAUUUUGGCAACAACACUUUUAAGGGUGUAAUUCCCAAUGAACUUGGACGUCUAACGAGACUCAAGUACUUGUCCUUGCAAAUGAAUAAUCUCACUGGUGAAAUCCCACAAAGCCUUGGAUUUCUUUCGAGGCUUGAAGUGCUGGAUCUUUCUGAAAAUGACCUAUAUGGAUAUGUUCCAUCAUCUAUCUUCAAUAUCUCUUCUUUAAAGAUCAUUGAUUUGAAUUUGAAUGAUCUAAGUGGGAAUUUGCCAAAUGACAUGUGCAGUAAUCUCCCAAUGCUGCAAUAUUUAUUCAUGGGUAACAAUGGUUUAGUGGGUGAACUUCCUAGUCGUUUAGAUAAAUGCACCCAACUUGUAGCUCUGUCCUUGUCUUACAACAGAUUCACAGGUAAUUAA